AUGACUUCCUCACCAUCCCUCUCCGUAAUCGUACCUUUGUACAUCUAUCCACUGGAGAAGGCCUGGGAGCCUCUGUUCCAUGCAGCCAAGGCCCAUCCCAACGUCAGAUUCCUGGUCAUCGUCAACCCCCAUAACGGUCCCGGCGAUUCCGCCCUGCCCGAUGCAAGCUACGCGGCCGCCCUGCGCGAGCUGAACGCAGUCUGCAAUAUUCACGUAAUCGGCUACGUCCACUGCACCUAUGGCAGCCGCCCGGUUGACGACAUCCGGCGCGACAUUGACGUCUACCUGGGCUGGAACGACCAGUUCAGGGUCGACGGGAUCUUUGUCGACGAGGCCCCCUCCAGCUCGGACAAGGUCGCAUACAUGGCUAGCCUGACAGAGUACGCCAGCAAGUCGUGGGAGGGCGCGCUCGGCCGCCGCAGCAUCAACAUCCUCAACCCCGGCGUCGUCGCGCAUGCGGCUUACUUUGACUCCGCCGACUAUGUUGUCACGUUUGAGCAGUCUGCGGCCCAUUGGAACGUUGACGAUGUCAAGAGCGCUAUUGAGACCCUCGCGCCCGACCAUUGCCCCAAGUCCCUUGUCAUCAUCCACACAUGCGACGACGAGGAGAUUUCCGACUUGGUCCAGCAGGCAAAGUCCAAGUCGCUGGGGGGUAUCUACAUCACCGAGCAGGUGGGAGGCUUCUUCACCAAGUGGCCGCAGGCAUGGGAUCACUUCCUUGAUCGGGUUGGGACUGCGAGCGCUUAG